AUGGUGUUCAAGAGGAAGCUAGAUUGCGUAUCCGUUGCCUUUGAUUACCCCAACAUUCCCAGGGCUCCUCGUUCUUGCAGGAGGAAAAUCCUAAACAAGAAAAACGAUGAUGAGGAGAUGUGUGCAAUGGACUUGCUGGCUUCUCUAGCUGGAAAGAUACUAGAGGAAGGCCAGAGUUCCUCAGCGUCUUCCAAUGCAUUUGAAGGGAAUAAUAAUAAUCACGAGAAUCUCUGUAAAGAAGUCAAAUCCGAACAAGAAAAUCAUUACAACAAGCCUCUUAAAUCUGAGUCAUCUGACCAAGGAAACUCUGUUUCAAGACCUGCAUAUGAAAACACUACUGACAAGUGUGUGGUAAACAGUUUCUCAUUUCCUGAUAACGACGCUGUUUUGGAGCAGACUCCGAUGUCUGAUGAUCACAAGAAGGGUGAUGUUCAUGUGAAUACUGGGUUUGAACAAGGAGAAGAAGCAACCGAUGGCUUGGGAGAUGGAGGCUUAACCACUAACACUUGCACCUUAGAGGAUAAAACUGCAUUAGCUGUGCAGUUUCCUAAACCAGUCUGCGUGGAUGGUGGUGAUCUGAAAACGCCAUCUUUCGUGAAUAUGAUGAUCCCUAAUGGUUCCCUUGCUAGACAUGGGAAGCAUACUAACCUAGGUAGAGAUGAUGAUGAAAAAUUAUAUAGUUCUCGUAAAUUUAGCAAUAAGUUUAAGUCGUAUAGGGCUCCAACGAUUCAAAGAAUAAGAAAGUCCAAAUACUGGAAACAAGUUCCUAAGGAUUAUGGACACAACAGAGCUGAUGUUGGCAUAAAGGUUCUUCACCGGAAAAGAAAAUCAUGUUAUGGAUACAACGCAUGGCUGCGUGAGACCAUUUAUAAGAGGAGAAGAUCACCGGACAGAAGCUCGGUUCUAACUUCUGAUGGUGGACUCAGUAAUGGAAGUGUUUCCAAGUUACAUGAGAAGCGAGAUUCAGUAAAGCUUAGCAUCAAGUCUUUUAGGAUUCCAGAGCUUUUUAUUGAAGUUCCAGAGACUGCAACAGUAGGAUCACUGAAGAGGACCGUGAUGGAGGCUGUCAGUGUUUUACUCAGCGGUGGAAUACGUGUUGGGGUAUUGGUACAAGGGAAAAAGGUCAGAGAUGACAAGAGAACUCUGUCACAGACUGGGAUCUCAUGUGAAGAGAAUCUAAGCAACCUUGGGUUCACCUUGGAGCCUGGUCCCAGCAAAGUUCCCAUACCUUUAUGUUCCGAAGAUCCUUUGGUGCCACAAACCGAGAUGACAAGCUUGUGUGAACGGUCUGCUGCGGCUUCUCCCACGUUAAUUUCUCAUGCAGGUGACGUGAUUAUGGACAACAAUAACCUCGAGUUAGUUCCAUACCAGAGUGAGAUAUCUGUUGAUGAACCUUCACCAGAUUCAAGAGCGCUUGUUCCACUCUCAGCUUUGGAGGAAGUUAAGGCUCUUGCCAUAGUUCCGUUGAACCAGAAACCUAAGCGUACUGAGCUUGCCCAGCGCAGAACCAGGAGACCUUUCUCUGUGACAGAGGUAGAAGCUCUCGUGCAAGCAGUUGAGGAACUCGGGACUGGAAGAUGGCGUGAUGUGAAAUUCCGUGCUUUUGAGAAUGCAGAUCAUCGGACCUAUGUGGACUUGAAGGAUAAAUGGAAGACGUUGGUUCACACAGCAAGUAUAUCACCGCAACAGAGAAGAGGAGAGCCGGUGCCACAAGAACUGCUAGACAGAGUGUUGAGGGCAUAUGGGUAUUGGUCGCAGCACCAAGGGAAACAUCAAGCGAGAGGAGGUGCACCUAAAGAUCCAGACAUGAACAGAGGUAGAGCUCUUGAAUCAGGUGUUUCAGUGUAA